AAAGUCCAAGCAGGCACGCGCGUGGGAGCAUCGGCUGCAACGGUCACUUUCCCCGCCCCCACUACUCAUCACCGGCAGGACCAGCUCCCUCCUAUCUCGACACUCUCCGGCACUAAUCGAUCGAACUCGGCCAGUUUAUUGCUCCCGAGAAGCACGCGCACAAACAAACAUUCGCUGAAACCAUAGCUUCCACGAGCUUCUCAAUAUAAUCGGCUACAGUGAUGGGGAAGAAGAGGGUGGUGGCCGCGAUGACGACGGCGACGACACCAGUCUUCCCGUUCACGGCGGCCGCCGACGAGACGGAGCCGCCGCACCACUUCAGCGACUACGGCUUCGACCCCCAGCUCCUCUGCUUCCCCCAGCCGGUAAGUCUCCAGUCAAUAAAUUCCACACAUCAUUUGUCAAUUGAAUCAGUUGCUGAACCGUACCGUCUGCUGCAUUCUCAGCCCGAGACGAAGCGGUUCAAGCUCCACAAGCCCAUCUCCAAGAAACGCCAACGCACGCAGGCGCAGCACAGCGACACCAAGCGGCGCCGGCGGUGGUGGAGCUCUGCCGCCGCCGCGGCGCUCCACUUCUUCUUAAAGCGCCCCUCCUCCAGCCCCGCCGCUCGGACAGCCGGCGCGUCCUCCUGCAGUAGUGCUGCCACGUUCCCGCCGACCGGGCCACUGUACUUUGCCGAUGACGGAGGCGACGACGCCACGGGAUGCACGUGCUGGUCGCCAGCCGUGCGGUCCGGUCGCCUGGCUGCCGCCGAGCUCGGCGUCGCCUCGGUCGCAGUUCCCUAUGCCAGCCUCAGGGACAUCGAUUUCGGCGGUGGCGUCGGAGGAGCAGGAUGGGCCGCUCCGUCGAUGCCCAUCUACCUCGUGACGUGAAGCUUUUCGUGCCUUUCUUGAGAUCUUGGACCAAUGUUUUCUGAUGACCGGCCGUCAAAGGUCACGUUUACAACUGUCCUGCUUUUCUUCUUUACAGCGUGCUGUAUUUUUUUUUGUCGACUCGUUUUCUCCUUCGUCAGGGAUAUUGUGUGUAAAUGUGUGGACAGCAUGUCUAUGACGUGGCCACUACUACUAACUUCAUCAUGCCAGUUUUUUUUUCUUUUCCAAAAGGAAAACCCCCGGGGGAUCACGCGUUUUCAGCCCCCGGGUGGAGGGCCGUUAGAUGCACGCAUCGCUCCACAUGCCUGGCUCCACACUCUUUCCUUUUUUUUUUCUUUCUUCUUCCUAUCUCUGCCUUAUCCUCCUGUGCCCAACCUCCACGCGCCGCCGCCUCCAGCCGCUCGCCGGCGCCGCCUCCAGCCACGCGCCGCCGCCUCCCAGCCGCUCGCCGGCUCCGCCUCCCAGCCGCUCGCCGGCUCCGCCUCCCAUGCCACGCACCGCCGCCUCCCGAGCCACGCGCCGCCGCCUCCCGGCCGCUCGCCGGCGCCGCUUCCCGUGCCACGCGCCGCUGCCUCCCAGCCGCUCGCCGGCGUAGCCUCCCGGCCGCUCGUCGGAGCCUCCUCCUGAGUCGCGCGCUGCCGCAUCCUGGCGGCUCGAUGCGUGCGCCAUGGAGUUCCCGUGUGCGGCCGCCUCCCUGCCGCUCGAUGCGUGCGCCAUGGAGUUCAUGCGGCGCACCGCUGCCGCGUCCUUGGUGGGCUGCUGCCGUGUCCCUGGUGGGCUCCUGCCGCGCGCCGCCCGGUACCUUCUCUUUCUGGACAUUCCUCUCCCGGCGCUAUUCACUGUCCCGGGAACCACCUGCAGACUUCGAAAUCUCAGGCGGAGGUGCUGCUGGUGCUACAAGCACAACCAUGCGCCGGCACCGCGCGUCUUCGGAAGUUUGCUGCCUUAGGCCUUCGGUGUUGCUAUCGGUGAAGACCGAUUUUGCUAACUUAGCCCUUCGAGGUUGCUACCGGCGGAGGACUGCUUUGCUAACUUAGGUGUCAGGCGUUGCUACUGGCGGUUCCAGGCAUUGCUACCUUCGGUUGCAUGGAGUUGCUUCAACCUUGAAUGGCGCUGCUGCCGACUGCGGGCGAGGUCACCAUUGAUGUCUCCAAGGAUUUGCAAUAUAUGAAUAAUUUUUUUGCUACA